UUCGUUCCUGAAAGUACUAUUUCUCAGUGAUGCACCGAACGGAAAUGGGAAAUUGAAACCAUUAGGCAAAUUAGCGAGCGGACAAUUGGGAGAUGGGAUCGGCAGCAGCGCCAUGGAAGUCCCUUCUUCUCACUGCUUUGGAAUCUAAUGGCCACAUCAAGCAUUCCCAAUUCUUGCAGCUCGCAACGGUAGGAGCGAAUGGAAGGCCCUCCAAUCGCACAGUUGUUUUCAGAGGAUUCCAAGAGGGCAGCGAUAAUAUCCAAAUCAACACGGAUUCUAGAAGUCGCAAGGUUGAAGAGCUUAAGAAUUGUCCAUUUGCUGAGAUAUGCUGGUAUUUCACCGAAUCAUGGGAGCAAUUUCGGAUCAGUGGGAGAGUUGAGGUUGUUGAUUCAUUGUAUCCUGAUGCUAUAAAACUUCAGCAAAGAGAGAAAGCAUGGUCCUCUAUUCCUUCAAAGACAAGAAUGCAGUAUUUGGGACCUAAUCCAGGCCUUCCCUAUCUUACUGGACAACCAGCCAAGGAAAAUCUUCAAGAUUCUUCUUCGGGUCCUGUUGAUUCAUACUGUUUGCUUGUUUUCAAUCCUGAUCAGGUUGAUUAUGUGAAUUUGAAGAGCGAAAAAAGGUUUUUGUAUAAAGCGAGUUCGAGUUCAAGAGGGGAGAAGCUGUGGAGUACUGAGAGGAUAAACCCUUAGCCACCGACAACGAGCUGCUAUCCUAAAGCCAACUGAUGCAAAUUGUUGUGUUGGUUACAAGUGUUCUAAAUAACUUGAAACUCUUUCAGGACUACUGAAUACUUUCUUGAAUAUACUUUCUUGUGUUGCACAUUCUCUGUUCUAAAGAAAUCAUUCAAUAAUAGUUUCCAGGCUAAGAAAUUUCAUAGCUUUAUGAUCUCAA